AUGGAUGAGGGAAGCAUUGCAACGGUGGAAGCGGGGGUAUGGCGUGAAGUUGAGCGAGAAGGAAGGCUUGCCUGGUAUGGCAGCGACAGGGCAGCACAGGCGAUAAAAUAUGAACGCCCGAUACGCGACGCCAGGCUGGGCAGGCGCAUGAAUGUUGCUGGGAAGGAGCCCGUGCCGGAGGGCUGCGUGCCGCACGUGCGCGCAUACCUCACCGGCCCCGCCUACCGCUCCGACCUCGACCUCGUCGCGCGGGAGGCCUCCGCAUACGCCCGCUCCGCGCGCGCCGCCGACUCCACCAACGACGCCGCCUGGGUCUUCGACAUCGACGAGACGCUGCUCUCCAACCUCCCCUACUACGCGCAGCACGGAUACGGGCUGGAGCUGUUCGACCACCGCGAGUUCGACCGGUGGGUGGAGACGGGGGAGGCGCCGGCGAUCCCCUCCAGCCUCCGCCUCUACAGGGAGGUGCGCGACCUGGGGUUCAAGACCUUCCUGCUCACCGGCCGCACCGAGGCCCACCAGGCCGUCACCGUCGACAACCUCAGGAGACAGGGCUUCCACGAUUGGGACAAGCUCAUACUCAGGGCAGCGGCUGACCGGGAGAAAACGGCGACGGCCUACAAGUCGGAGAAGAGGAAGGAGAUGGAGGCGGAGGGGUACAAGAUCCUGGGCAACUCGGGCGACCAGUGGAGCGACCUGCUGGGCUACUCCAUGAGCGCCCGCUCCUUCAAGCUCCCCAACCCAAUGUACUACAUCCCCUGACACAAGAGAGCAGACAUGAUUGGUGGGCAUAGUGUGAGAAAUGCAGUGCUUAUUUAUCUGUUGCGUUCGUCAUGCCGGCCCGAUUGACUGAACCCUGUACUGACUGACUGAGUGUGCAAAAACAAAACUGAGAAUGGAAUUGAGAAGGAAGGAUUUAUACCGUGCAAAAGGAUUGGACUUGUGA